AUGGCGGCUGCGCUCUUCAGGCUCCUCUUCCUCCUCAGCCCCUCCCAAGGACCCGGCCUCGGCCGCGAUCGCGGGUGGGUGGGUGGAGCUGCUGGCGGGGGGGGAGGGGCUUCGCUAUCGCUGCCCCCCCGGGAGCAGCCCCCUCCCCACCUCCUUCCGUCGCUGCGGCCCCGAUGGCCUCUGGGACCCCCUGCCCGGGGGGGGCCCCCCCCGCUGCCACGCCGUGUGGUGCCCAGCCCCCCUGGAGUUCGAGCACGGCUGGUUCUGGCCCCGGGGGGGGGCGACACCCCCCCUGGCUCCCAGCUGGAAUUCGGCUGCUUUGGGGGUUUCACCCUGAGGGGACCCCAAAAACUCGUCUGUGGAGCCGGGGGGAGAUGGGAGGGGGCGACCCCCGUCUGUGACGAUGGAGCCGGGGACUGUCCCGCCCCGGGGGUCCCGCCGGGUGCCACCAAGGAGGGGUCUCACUACGGGGUGGAGGGUCGCAUCCGGUACCGGUGCCGAGCGGGGCUGAGCCUCGUGGGCUCCGCUGAACGCCGCUGCCUCGAGGGGGGGACGUGGAGCGGCACCGAGCCCCGAUGCCGCGACCCCAAUUCCUUCGACCCCCCCGAGGCUGCGGCCGCCUCGUUCCUGGCGUCGCUGGCCCAGACCGUGGAGGUGGCCGAGAGCAACAACACCAGAGCCCCCACAGAGAAGCGCCGCAUCCGCCUCGGCCCUGGCGCCGCCCUCAACAUCUUCCUGGUGCUGGACGCGUCGCAGAGCGUCAGCCCCGACGACUUCAGCGGCGCCACGGGGGCCCUGGGGCAGCUGGUGGAGAAGUGCCCCUGGGAGCCCCCCCCCAGCUCUCCCCAGCACCCUCCAACCAUCCUGACCUCCCCCCAUAACCCCUCCCCAACCACUCCCAACACCCCUGAGACCCCUCCCCCAGAUUGCCAGCUACGGGACCUCCCCCACUACGGCAUCGUGACGUUUGGGACCGAGGCUCGGGUGGUGCUGAGCCCCACUGAGCCCCGCGCCAGCGACGGCACCUGGGUGCAGCAACUGCUCGAGGGGCUCUCCAACAAAGCGCAUGCGCAGAAGCCGGGCACCAACCCCCAGGCGGCGCUGCGGGCUGUUUACGGGCUGCUGGUGCAGCAGGAGCUGGAGGAGCAGCAGCGGGGGCUGCGACCCCCCCCCGUCACCAACAGCACCCGGCACGUCAUCGUCAUCGUCACUGAUGGUCGGGUCAAUAUGGGGGGGUCCCCGGUCCCCGUUAUCCACCAGAUCCGGGAGCUGCUGAGCAUCGGCCGCGACCCCCGGGACGACCGGGAGGACUUUUUGGAUGUCUACGUGUUUGGGGUGGGGGCCGAGGUGCACGUGGAGACCCUGAACGCGCUGGCGUCGCACAAGGACGGGGAGCAGCACGUGUUCCUGCUCAGGGGGCCCCUGGACCUGCAGGAGACCUUCCACCACAUGAUUGACGAGAGUGAGACCCUCGGGCUCUGCGGCAUCAGCCGCGACUUCGGCAGCGCCAGCGACAGGGAGAGGAACCCCUGGCACAGCACCGUCACCAUCACUCGGCCGGGCCGUGGCGUGGAGCGCUGCCAGGCCUCGCUGCUCUCGCCCCAUUUCCUGCUGACGGCCGCUCACUGCUUCGGGCCCGAGGAUCUGCCCCAGUGGGUCACCGUGGCUGUGGGUCCCGGCGUGCAGCGGCCGGUGUCGCGGCUCCACACCCACCCCGGCUUCCAGCUCGGGGGGCGCAAACACCGGGGGGUCCCCGAGUUCUACGAUUACGACGUGGCGCUGCUGGAGCUGGAUCGGGCCGUGAGACCCUCCCCCACGCACCGCCCCCUCUGCAUCCCCUGUACCCAGAGCGCUGCCCAGGCCCUGCGGCUGCCCCCCGAGAGCAGCAGCUGCCAGGAGCACCGCCGCCUCCUGCUCCCUGAGAAGACCCUCGAAGCCUUUUUCGUCUCCCCCCGUGGCCCCAACGAGCUGCUGAGGCAACGUGUCCACAUCAAACUGGGGGGGCAGCGGGGUCCGUGCGAGGCCGACGCUCUGCGGGCGCCGCUCUACGCCAACGUGUCGGCGCUGGACGACGUCGUCACGCCGCGGUUCCUGUGCUCCGGCGGCACCGAGCCCGAGGUGGAUCCCAACGCCUGCCGCGGUGACUCUGGGGGUCCCCUGAUUGUCACCAGAGGGAAACGUCACUUCCAGGUGGGGGUGGUGAGCUGGGGGGUGCUGGACGUGUGCCGCCAGCCUCGGGCUCCCCCCUACGCCCGCGACUUCCACGUCGGGCUCUUCGAGGUGCUGCCCUGGCUGCGGCAGCAGCUGCACGAGGACGUGGCCUUCCUGCCUGACACCCCCUGAAACACCCCAAAAACACCCCAAAAUGGGGCAUAAACACACCAGAACCAGCCUCUGACGUGGCUCUUCCUGCCUGACACCCCCUGAAACACCCCAAAUCACCCCAAAACGGGGCAUAAACACACCAGAAACACCC